AUGCCGCUCGAUACCUCGACCACAUACCCUUUGACCCGGCUGCGCCUGGAUGGCCGCCGAUGGAACGAGCUACGCCUGCUCCAAGCACAGAUCUCGACCAACCCGGCCAGUUCUGGCUCAUCAUAUCUCUCCAUGGGCAACACGGCGAUCAUGUGCUCCGUUCAUGGUCCAGCUGAGGGCCGUCGAGGUGAAGCUACUGGUGCUGCUGGUAGCGCCGGCGCCAUUGUCGAGGUCGACGUGAAUAUCGCUGGUUUUGCUGGCGUGGACCGCAAGAGGAGGGCUGGAGGCAGUGACAAGUAUGUACAGUUUUCCCUACGCUCAAUCUCACAAUCCUCGCGCAUUGCGACGACGCUGCGCUCGGCUUUCCAGUCGCAUCUGCACGCCCAUCUCUACCCGCACAGCACGAUCAGCAUUCACGUAUCGGUUCUCUCGUCCGACGGGUCUCUGCUGGCGGCUGCGAUCAAUGCUUGCACCCUGGCACUGGUGGAUGCCGGUAUCCCCAUGCCUGGACUACUGUGUGGCUGUACCGCCGGAAUGAGUGGAAGUGCAUCUACGCCGCGCGACCCCCGUCAUGAUGAACUGGAUCCUCUUCUGGACAUGUCGGCCCCAGAAGAGCAGGAGUUGCCAUUCCUCACCGUGGGAACUACCACCGCUCUGCCCGUCGGCGAGAACAACAUGGACGAGGAGGAGGAAGAGAGCAAGGUUGCUGUACUGAACAUGGACUCCAAGCUCCACUGCAGCUACAUUGAGACGAUGCUGGCGGUUGGAAUGGAUGGGUGUGGCCAGAUCCGCGAGUUGUUGGAGGGGGUGAUUAAAGGCACCAACAGGGGAUGA